CCUUCAUAUCUCAUCCAAAUACACAUUUUUUUUCCCCAUCUUCACCAAUUAAUAUCUACCACAAAAUGGCCUCUCCCAAUCCAAGCAAAACACUAAUGACCCUCAUUGUGUUGGGAACAAUCCUUGUCGGGGCUCUUCCCAAAAAUUAUGUGAUGGCUCAAAAUUGUGGGUGCAGCUCUGACCAGUGCUGCAGCAAAUAUGGCUACUGCGGCACCGGCGACGACUACUGCGGCGACGGGUGCCAAAGUGGACCAUGCUAUGCCACACCAACCUCAUCAAACAAUGUGGGUGACAUUGUGACACCAGAAUUCUUCAGUGGCAUACUCAACAAGGCCACUGGUGACUGUCCAGGCAAGAGCUUCUUCACCCGAGACGCUUUUCUCAACGCUGCCAACGCCUACCCUCAAUUCGGUAGCGGUUCCGCCGAUGAGUCUAAACGCGAGAUUGCAGCUUUCUUUGCUCACGUCUCCCAUGAGACUGGAUUUUUGUGCCAUAUAGAAGAGACAGACGGUGCAAGUCAGGACUACUGUGAUGAGACAAGAACAGACUAUCCAUGCAACCAAAACAAGAAAUACUACGGCCGUGGGCCCCUCCAGCUGACGUGGAACUACAACUACGGAGCAGCUGGGAAUGCCAUCGGCUUCGACGGGCUGAACUCGCCGGAAACUGUGGCCACAGACGCCACGGUGUCGUUCAAGACGGCGGUGUGGUUCUGGAUGGAGAAUGUUCACUCAGUGAUGAGCCAAGGGUUGGGAGCAACCACUAGAAAGAUAAAUGGUGAUGUGGAAUGUGACGGCAAAGAGCCUGACAAAGUUCAAGCCCGCGCCAACUAUUACACUGCCUACUGUAAUCAGCUUGGUGUUGAUCCUGGAUCCAAUCUCACUUGCUAAUUAAUUAUUAUGUGUACUUAAUUAUAAGGAUGUACUUGUAAGAAUAAUUAAUCAAUAAGAGUCCUUCGACGGCAAUCAGUUUCUUCUGAUUGCUGAUCUAUCUAUAUAGAUGAGUAGAGUGUA